AUGAUGAUAAAAGGUUUUCCCAAGUGCCUUGUAACUGUGACCCUGUUGGCUUUGGGUUUCUCCCUUGCCUCUGCCUAUGACCCUGCUCCUCUGCAAGACUUCUGUGUUGCACUCAACAGUUCAGCUUCCGCUGUAUUUGUCAAUGGAAAGUUCUGCAAGGAUCCAAAGCUCGUCAAUGCCAAUGAUUUCUUCCGCUUAGGGCUAAACAUGCUUGGAAACACCUUAAACCCACUCGGGUCAAAGCUCACUCCUGUGACUGUGGAGGAAUUAGCUGGCCUCAACACCCUAGGCAUAUCCUUGGCCCGGAUUGACUUUGCCGCAUAUGGCAUGAAUCAUCCCCACACACACUCUCGUGGCACUAAAAUUCUCGUAGUCCUGGAGGGUACUCUGUACAUUGGUUUUGUCACGUCAAAUGCAGAUAAUAACCAUCUCUUCACCAAAGUUCUAAAUACGGGAGACGUCUUUGUUUUUCCAAUUGGUCUCAUUCACUUCCAAUUGAAUGUGGGAAAAAGGAAUGCGAUUGCCUUUGCGAGGCUGAGCAGCCAAAACUCGGAAGUCAUCACCAUAGCCAACACAGUGUUUGGAUCAAAGCCUCCCAUCAAUCCAGAUGUUCUCGCCAAGGCCUUUCAAGUGGACAAGAAUGUGGUCAACUAUUUUCAGAAACAGUUCUGGCGGGACAACAAUUAA